AAAUAAAUGUUAUUACGGUAAAACUGUUAUAAAUUAUUUUUAUAUAGCAAUUUAAUAUAAUUAUUUCUUGAAGUAUUUUAUUUUUCACAUUACCUGAAAACACCAUGGAUAUAGUAAUAAAGUUAAAUGAACAAACAGUAGGCAGAGAUAGAAUUAUUAGAUUGCUACAAUACGGAAGCAGAGCUUAUUGGUAUUAUGGACAGAAUAUUCGUAGUACACAACAUUCUGCAGAAGUCUUGAGAAGUUUAGAAUAUACAUUUAGCUCAUUCAGAAAAUUGUUGCGUCUUGGAAGAUGUUUAGAUAGUUUAUAUUUUGCUUUGAAAAUGAUGAAAUAUCCAGAUGUAACCAUAAGAGUUAGUUUAACAUUAUCAAAAAUUGCCAAUGCUCUAUUUUUAUUAGCAGAUCAUAUAAUUUGGAUUGGUCGUGUGGGACUAUGUAAAGUUAAUAUUGAAAAAUGGAGUAAAAUAUCUAAUAAAUAUUGGUUAAUGAGUAUUAUUAUGAAUCUUAUAAGAGACAUUUAUGAAAUCAUGAAAAUUCUUGAACACGAAGGGAAGGAUGUAUUAAUGAGGACACCAAAAUUCUCACCUUAUUUAUGGAAACAAUAUAAAUUAUUACGUUAUUUAAAAAGUCAUGGAGAUAUUGUAAUGGAUACAAUAAAAAAUGGAUGUGAUUUGUGGAUUCCUUUGACAGCAUUAGGUUUUACUAAAUUUACACCUGGAACAAUUGGUGUACUUGGUAUGGUGUCUUCAAUUGUAAGUCUUUACACAUUAAUUUAUCCUCUGUAUAAAAUAACACCAGCUUAAAACUAAUUUAUAUAAUAUAUUGUUUUUUUAUGUACAUGAUGAUUAUUAUUACAAAGCAUUAAUUUAAAUUAAAGGGAAUAUAGUACUAAAAUCAAA